AAUGUUUUAUCAGAGAUCAACACAAAGACAAACAUAUGUAGAACAUCUAACCGUUCAUUCGGCAUCCAGUUAUGGUAGACCAUAAAUCAAUAAUGGAAAUAAGAUUUUGCUACCAGCAUCAGCACUUCAAUAAUUAAUAUUUAUUAAACAAAAUGGACCCAUGAUCUUUAAAAUUACAUCAACAUUAUCAUAAAAAUUUACAUAUGUAGGAGUAUUAGAAUUUGUGGCAGAAGAAGGCUCUUGUAUUAUACCAGAUUGGUUAUUUGAAAAUAUGAACUUUUUUGAGAAUUGUUGGGUAAUUAUCAGCCUUGAAUAAAGUUUACCACUUGUAUAUUUAUUUAUAUUUAUAUAUCUAGGGUAAAUUAAUAAAGAUUUAACCACAUGAGACUGCAUUUAUAGAUCUACCUGAUCCUAGGGCUAUUCUAGAAAAUUAAUUAAGAAAUUAUAUAUGUCUAACUUAAGGUGAAACUAUCACUAUAACAUUCAAUAAGAAUAAAUAUAUGAUUGAUAUAGUUUCAGUAACUCCAUAAACAGAGAAACUUGCUGUAUGUAUAAAUGAAGCAGAUGUUGAAAUCGAUUUUUUAUAACCAUUAGUAUUUAAAUAUUCUAAAAAUAGGAUUAUACUGAAGCGCCUCCUCAAAAAUUAAUUAAAAACAAUUCUACUCUUGGAGUGGAAUAAGAAUAAUAAUAAUAAUAAUAAUAAUAAUAAUCUGUGUUUACUGGAAAAGGAAUUAGAUUAGAUGGCAAAACUGGAGUAGCUUAACCUAGAAAAUAAUCAGAAGAUGUUAAAAUUGUUGCUGAACCUUACAAUCCUAAAAAAAAUAAACUAGUUAAUGGUAUACGAUAAACUGAAGAAGUCUAACUUUUUAAAGGUACUAGCACUAAAGUUGGAGCUUAAAGAAAAUAACUUUGAG